CCGGGAGGGAUGCGCGGCAGUCCGCAGGUUUGCCCAAAAUGGCAGCCUUGGAGGAGGGUUUCACGUUGUCCGCGGUACCGUUGGGUUCCGGGCCUCACGGACUCCUAGGCGUGGAGCAGAGCGACAGACCUGACCAGUUUCUAGUGACGGACGGCGGCAGGACCGUCAUCCUCUAUAAGGUUUCUGAUCAGAAACCCUUGGGAAGCUGGUCAGUGAAACAAGGUCAAGUUAUAACAUGUCCAGCUGUGUGCAACUUUCAAACCGGAGAGUAUAUUGUUGUACAUGAUAAUAAGGUUUUGAGAAUAUGGAGUAAUGAAGAUGUAAACCUGGAUAAAGUAUUUAAAGCUACAUUGUCAGCUGAGGUAUAUAGGAUACAUUCAAUACAAGGGACAGAACCCUUAGUGCUAUUUAAGGAAGGUGCUGUUCGAGGUUUAGAGGCCUUGCUUGCAGAGCCCCAGCAGAAAAUUGAAACUGUUAUCUCUGAUGAAGAAGUGAUUAAGUGGACAAAAUUUUUCAUGGUAUUUAGGCAUCCUGUUUUAAUCUUUAUUACAGAAAAACACGGGAAUUACUUUGCUUAUGUACAAAUGUUUAACUCAUGUACCUUAAGCAAAUACACGCUCUUACUUGGACAUGAAGAAAAAUCUGUCAUACACAGUUUCACUGCAUCUGUGGAUCGGAAAGUCAUCUCUUUGAUGUCGUUAAGCUCUGAUGGAUGUAUAUAUAAAAGCUUGAUACCAAUACAUCCGAAUGACCCAGAAAAAAAUCAGAGAGUGGUUAGAUCACUGUUGCUGAAGACUGUGGUGUCUGGUAAUGUUCGAAAUGGUGUUGCACUCACUGUCCUGGAUCAAGAUCAUAUAGCAGUCCUUGGACCACCACUGCCAGCUUCCAAGGAGUGCGUCUCCAUAUGGAACACAAAAUUUCAAACACUACAGACUUCCAAAGAGCUACCACAGGGGACCAGUGGUCAACUCUGGUAUUACGGGGAAAAUUUAUUUAUGCUACAUGGAAAAUUUCUUACUGUGAUUCCAUACAAGUGUGAAGUAUCUUCAUUAGCAGGUGCUCUUGGAAAACUCAAGCAUAGUCAAGAUCCAGGCACUCAGACUGUGCCUCAUUUUGUAAACUGGGAAACAUCUCGGGGGUAUGGAUUUGGAUCCCAGAACUCAGAGCAGUCGAAGAGAAUUUUAAGGAGAAGAAAAAUUGAAGUGAGUGUACAGCCUCCACCAUCCAAACAACUUUUGUCAACUAUAAAGAAAGAUUCAGAAAAACGCAUUGUAGAAGAACUAUGUAAAUUUUUGGCUAGUAAGCAGACCCCUGAUUUUCAUACUAUUAUUGGGGACAUAGUAUUAGAACUUCUGGGAAGACAUAAAGUAGAACCAUCAUUUUAUCCCCGGAAUGCUCUGAUGCAGCUUAUCCGAACACACGUGCUUUCUUACAGUUUGUGCCCUGGCUUAAUGGAAGUUGCCUUAGAAAAGACAGAUGUACAGAUGUUACAGCUCUGUCUACAACAGUUCCCUGACAUUCCUGAAUCAAUCACCUGUGCUUGCUUAAAAAUUUUCUUAAGCAUUAGUGAUGACAGUCUUCAAGAAGCAGAAAUCAAUAUGGAAUCAGUUUCUGACUAUAUUGAUUCUGUGCAAGAGGAGAAAAUGGAAGAGCAAACGGAAAUUCUUCACAAUGGCUUCAAUCCUGAAGAAGAAAAGUGUGAUAACUGUGAUCGGGAGUUAAACAAAAAGCCUCAGGACACAACAGAGGAGACCACUUCGUGCCCUGUGAUACCAAAGAGAGCAGCUCUGCUAAAUGCAAUUCUUCAUUCAGCUUACAGUGAAAUGUUUCUUCUGCCUCACUUGAAAGACAUCCCAGCACAACAUGUCACUCUAUUUCUCCAGUAUUUGUAUUUCCUUUAUCUGAAGUGUAGUGAAAAUGCUACCAUGACUCUUCCUGGGCUACGCCCUCCAACCCUGAACCAGAUUAUGGAUUGGAUAUGUCUACUUCUGGAUGCUAACUUUACUGUUGUGGUAAUGAUACCAGAAGCAAAAAGGCUACUAUUAAGUCUUUACAAAUUUGUGAAAUCCCAGAUAUGCAUUUGUUCCGAGCUCAACAAGAUUGAAGUAAGUUUUCGUGAACUGCAGAAACUAAAUCAAGAAAAGAAUAAUAGAGAAUUAUAUUCUAUUGAAGUGCUGGAACUCUUCUGAUGUCACCAAUUGUCCUUCAUUGAUAUUUUAUGAAGCUCUUUUAUGUGAAUCCUUCCUACUCAUGCAGGCAAGAGAUGUGUUUUGUUUGUGAGUGUCUCUCAGUGACAAGAGAAGUGUGUCAGCUAGAACCCGGACCAUCACCUAGAGAUGCUCCUAGGUUGGACUGUAGGUUGCACAUGAACCUAUUUUAGUUUAUGGGAGUUGGGGGGGGAGAGGUUCUGAAACUUUUUUUAAAUAUGUAACUGAGCUGAUUUUAAGUAAACUUAUUUGUCUAUUGAUAAAAAUCUAAUUUCUUACGUGUGUUUUGAUUAGUUCUUUUAGUAAAAAAAAAAAAGUUACCAUUGAAACAGUGAUUCUAAGAAGAAUAUAGUUUUAUCAGAGAAGCUGUCUCAGCUCACCUGUGCUCACAGGAGACGGAGGAGGCCAAUUCCAUAAGCUGAGUAGGGAAAGGUCUUUGUACAGGCAUAUGCUUGUCUUCUACCACUUAUGUCCUUUCCCUGCUUCCACUUAGCUUUACAUGCUCAGAAGUUUAACAGUACCUCUUUCUAUUUAUUUAUCUCAGAUUAUCUUCAUAAUUAGUUGGUAAUUUAGGUUUUUGUAUUACUAAAUAGUAAAAAAAAAAAAAACUCUCUUAACACAGUUUUAUGAGUUGAUUGACCAUAGAAUUUCCCAUUUUAACUCUUUGGAUUUAGGACCAUUGAGAGAUUUUAUGUAGACAAAAUGGGUGUUUUGUUUCUUGAAAAUAAACUCAAGUUUAUAUUUGUUAAAAAUGAAAUCAUUCUUUCAGGUAAUGAAUUAAGAUCCCUAUACAUAACUUGAAACAUUUCUCAGCUAUGCAGGUCUCUGUUGAGUAAAUAAUUUUGAAACCUGUUUUAAUUUGAAGGGUAAUACGUUAAAAAUUUCUGUAAAUUCUAGUGCAGAAAUAUAGAUUCAGAUGUGAUUGUGAGGCCCAGAGUUACAGAAUCCCAAUUGCUUCAGUUAAUUUGCAUUGGAAAAAGCCUUCAUUUUUAGGUCAUUUACUUUCUAUAAACUUUAGUUACAAUUAUGGCAAUUAGCAGACAGCUUCUCAGUCUGCUUAAUCUCUUUUUAAUCCCAAGAGGAAAGAAACACAAGGGUAACCCCAUAUAUUAACUGUCCUGCUUACUUUAUAUAAUAGGACUUCUUGUUCACAUUAAAGUGAUACAGUACUUCUCAGCAGAAAUAAAAAUAUAGGUUUUCAUAGUAGUGCAGUUUCUGUAUAUGGUCCUUAUAAGUGAAUAAAACACUGAUUUUUUAAAAACCUUUGUUGUAAAGCUUAAUAAUUAGGUUGUGAUUAUUAUGGAAACAUUCCUGAUACUCAAUGUAAGUGCAAACUGAGGUUGCCUGCACUCUGAGUCACUAAAUUUACAAAUAAGGAUUUUAUAAGGAUAUAUAAAAACUUUUUUUUAAAUUGAAGUAGAAUUGAAAAUAGACUCUUGUAGGAUGAAUUCUUCAAGCCAAGGAUUGUGUCUUACCCUUUCUGCAUAUUAAACACAAGACCACUGACACAUAGCGUUCAAUAAUUUUUUUUUAAGAUUUUCUUUGUUUAUUCAUGAGAAAUAUAGAGAGGCAGAGACAUGGGCAGAGGGAGAAGCAUGCUCCCCACAGGGAGCUUGAUGCUGGACUGGAUCCCAGGACCCCGGCAUCAUGCCCUGAGCUGAAGGCAGACACUCAAUCGCUGAGCCAUCCAGGCAUCCCUGUAAAUGGUUAUUGAAUACAGUUAUUAAAUAAUUGAUCUUACCUGUCCAGCUAUACUAUAGAGUAAUAAUUCUGAGGGUUUGCAGUAAUUUUUCUGGAAAGUAAGUCCAUCUGGUGUUCACUACAUAUAGGCAGCGUACCUUUUGCCUCUUAUUUCUUGUAACACCAAACUAUAUCUCAUUUGUGUCUUAUGACAUAUUAUGUCUAUAAAAAUAAAGUUUGUUUAUCUUAUUAUUUUAUUUUUUAUUUUACUUUUUUGAGAUUUUAUUUAUUUAUGAGAGACACAGAGAGAGGCAGAGACACAGGCAUAGGGAGGAGAAUCAAGUUCCAUAUAGGAGCCUGAUGUGGGACUUGAUCCCGGAACUCUGGGAUCACGUCCUGAGCCAAAGGCAGAUCAACUGCUGAGCCACCCAGGCGUCCCAAAAGAGUCGUUUUUUAUUUUUAUUUAUUUUUGAAGAUUUUAUUUGUUUACAUUUAAAAAAAAAGAUUUUGUUUAUUCAUGAGACACAGAGAGAGAGACGGAGUCAUAGGCAGAGGAAGAAGCAGGCUCCAUGCAGGGAGCCCAAUGUGGGACUCGAUCCCGGGACUCCAGGAUCACAUCCUGAGCCCAAGGUAGACACUUUACUGCUGAGCCACCCAGGCGUCCUGUUACAUGCUCUUCUGAUUGAGCCAGCCAGGUGCCCUUGGAUCAUGUAUAAUAACUUUUUUUUUUCAUGUAUAGAACUUUUAAAACAAAGAUGGACUUUUUGCCCUAACUCCUUUAAAAAGUUUUUAGUCCAUGGAUGCCUUGGGUGGCUCAGCAAUUGAGAGUCUGCCUUUGGCUCAGGGCAUGAUCCUAGGAUCCAGGAUUGAGUCCCACAUCAGGCUUCUUGCAGGGAGCCUGCUUCUCCCUCUGCCUAUGUCUCUUGCCUCUCUCUGUGUGUCUCAUGAAUAAAAUAAAUUCUUUUUUAAAAAAAUUAAAAUUAAAAAAAAAUAAAAUAAAUUAAAAUUAAAUUAAAAAAUUAGUCCCAAAACAGUUUUUUUUAAGCAAAACAGUUUUCAGAUAAAAGAAUGAAGACCCAUUUAUUCUUUUUUUUUUAAAAUUUUUUUUUUAAUUUAUUUAUGAUAGACAUACACACACACACACACACAGAGAGAGAGAGGCAGAGACACAGGCAGAGGGAGAAGCAGGCUCGUUGCACCAGGAGCCCGACAUGGGAUUCGAUCCCGGGUCUCCAGGAUCGCGCCCUGGGCCAAAGGCAGGCACCAAACCGCUGCGCCACCCAGGGAUCCCAAGACCCAUUUAUUCUUGACCUAAACUUUCCUGUUGGUAACAUUUUGCCAUAUUGCUUUUACCACUCUAUAUAUUUUUUCUUUCUCUAAUGAAUCAUUUGAGGGUUAUUUGCAAACAUCCAGGUUAAUCCCAUAAUUCAGUUUAAUCCCAUAAGUACAUCAUUUUAAUCCUCUAAAACAAGAUUGUUAUUUUACAUGACCACAAUGCAGUUAUCAAAUUCAGGAAAAAUAAUUUUUUUAAAAGAUUUUAUUUAUUCAUGAGAGACAUAGAGAGAGAGAGGCAGAGACACAGGCAGAGGGAGAAGCAGGCUCCAUGCAGGGAGCCCGAUGUGGGACUUGAUCCUAGGAUUCCAGGAUCACACUCUAGGCCCGAAGGCAGGUGCUAAACCGCCGAGCCAGGGGGUCCCUGGAUGGCUCAGCGGUUUGGCACCUGCCUUUGGCCCAGGGCGAGAUCCUGGGGUCCUGGGAUCGAGUCCCACGUUGGGCUCCUGUCAUGGAGCCUACUUCUCCCUCUGCUUGUGUCUCUGCCCCUCUUUCUCUCUGUGUCCAUCAUAAAUAGAUAAAUAAAUCUUUAAAAAAUAAAAAAAGGGCUGCCCUGGUGGCGCAGCAGUUUGGCGCCACCUGCAGCCUGGGGUGUGAUCCUGGAGACCUGGAAUCGAGUCCCAUGUCGGGCUCCCUGCAUGGAGCCUGCUUCUCCCUCUCCCUCUGCCAGUGUCUCUGCCUCUCUCUCUGUGUCUAUGAAUAAAUAAAAUCUUUAAAAAUAAAUAAAUAAAUAAAAAAUAAAAAAAUAAACCAGCGAGCCACCCAGGCGUCCCAAAUUCAGGAAAUUAGUAUUAAUACAGUACUACUUGGAAUGAUUAGAGUCUUUUUUCAGAUUUCUACAAUUUUCUUAGCAAUGUCUCCUAUACCUGGACUUUUUCCUGCUAAAAUGCAUUCAAGGAGCUUGCCUUGUAAUUAUUUUUCAUGUUUCCUUAAUCUCCCUACAUAUUGUAUUUUGAGAAAUCAUUUUGCUGAUGUCUGUCAAUUUGGAUUUAUUUUUUUAAAUAAAUUUAUUUUUUAUUGGUGUUCAA